AUGGAAUUCUGUGAGACUCCCCACAUUCUGUGCUCAGGCUACCAGACAGACAUGCACAGUGUAUCUCAGCAUGGCUACCAGUUAGAGAUGGGCUCUGAUGUGGAUACAGAGACAGAAGGUGGCACCUCUCCUGACCAUGCCUUGAGGAUGUGGAUGAGGGGAAUGAAAUCAGAACACAGUUCGUGUCUAUCAAGUCGGGCUAACUCCGCAUUGUCCUUGACUGACACAGACCACGAAAGGAAGUCUGAUGGAGAGACUGUAUUUGAGGUGAAACCCAGGUCUUGUUCACUCAAAGCUCAAGCUCUCUCCACUUCAGACAUGCCAAACAGCCCACACAACCAGUUCACCUUCAGACCCCUCCCGCCACCACCUCCACCUCCUCAUGCGUGCACAUGUGCCAGGAAGCCGCCCCCCACUGCGGACUCUCUCCAGAGGAGGUCAAUGACUACUCGAAGCCAGCCCAGUCCAGCAGCACCGACUCCUCCAACCAGUACCCAGGAUUCUGUGCAUCUGCAUAACAGCUGGGUCUUGAAUAGUAACAUACCGUUGGAGACAAGGCAUUUCCUAUUUAAGCAUGGAUCUGGCUCUUCAGCUAUCUUCAGUGCAGCCAGUCAGAAUUACCCUUUAACAUCCAAUACGGUUUACUCUCCACCUCCGAGGCCACUUCCCAGAAGCACAUUUUCUAGGCCUGCCUUCACUUUUAACAAGCCUUACAGGUGCUGCAACUGGAAGUGCACAGCCUUGAGCGCCACUGCCAUCACCGUGACCCUGGCUCUGCUGCUGGCCUAUGUGAUUGCAGUACAUCUGUUUGGCCUGACUUGGCAAUUGCAGCCAGUUGAAGGACAGCUCUACGAAAAUGGAGUUAGCAAGGGAAACCGAGGGACUGAAUCAAUGGAUGCUACCUACCCACCAAUCGGGGGAAAGGUUUCUGAUAAAACAGAGAAAAAAGUGUUUCAGAAGGGACGAGCUAUAGACACAGGAGAAGUUGACAUUGGAGCACAAGUCAUGCAGACCAUCCCACCUGGCUUAUUCUGGCGUUUUCAGAUCAUGAUUCAUCACCCAAUCUAUCUGAAAUUUAACAUUUCUUUAGCCAAGGACUCGUUGUUGGGAAUUUAUGGAAGAAGAAACAUUCCACCUACCCAUACCCAGUUUGAUUUUGUAAAGCUGAUGGAUGGAAAACAGCUCCAGAAACAGGAUCCCAAGAACUCUGAGGAUUCACAGCAUAGUCCAAGGAACCUGAUCUUGACCUCCCUGCAGGAGACAGGUUUCAUCGAGUACAUGGAUCAAGGGGCUUGGUACCUGGCAUUCUACAAUGAUGGAAAAAAGAUGGAGCAAGUGUUUGUACUAACUACAGCAAUUGAAAUAAUGGAUGACUGCUCUACAAAUUGCAAUGGAAAUGGGGAGUGUAUCUCUGGCCACUGUCACUGUUUCCCAGGAUUCCUUGGCCCUGACUGCGCAAGAGAUUCAUGCCCUGUGCUAUGUGGUGGAAAUGGAGAGUACGAGAAAGGACACUGUGUCUGUCGGAAUGGCUGGAAAGGGCCAGAGUGUGAUGUUCCUGAGGAACAAUGCAUUGACCCAACCUGCUUUGGCCAUGGCACCUGCAUCAUGGGAGUUUGCAUCUGCAUGCCAGGAUACAAAGGCGAAGUCUGCGAAGAAGAGGACUGCCUGGAUCCAAUGUGUUCCAGUCAUGGCAUCUGUGUCAAAGGAGAAUGUCACUGCUCCACCGGCUGGGGAGGAGUCAACUGUGAAACUCCUCUUCCUGUAUGUCAAGAGCAAUGUUCAGGACAUGGAACUUUCCUUUUGGAUGCUGGAGUCUGCAGCUGUGAACCCAAGUGGACAGGAUCCGACUGCUCCACAGAGCUGUGCACCAUGGAUUGUGGUAGCCAUGGAGUCUGUUCCAGGGGAAUUUGCCAGUGCGAAGAAGGCUGGGUAGGACCCACCUGUGAAGAGCGUACCUGCCCUGCUCACUGUGCUGAGCAUGGGCACUGCAGAGAUGGAAAGUGUGAGUGCAGCCCAGGAUGGGAAGGAGACCACUGUACUAUUGCUCACUACUUAGAUGCUGUCCGAGAUGGUUGCCCAGGGCUGUGCUUUGGAAAUGGGAGAUGUACCCUGGAUCAGAAUGGUUGGCACUGCGUAUGCCAGGUGGGCUGGAGUGGUUCAGGAUGCAACAUUGUCAUGGAGAUGGUUUGUGGAGACAGCCUGGACAAUGAUGGAGAUGGUUUGACAGACUGUGUGGACCCUGACUGCUGCCAACAAAGCAACUGCUACAUCACCCCUCUCUGCCAGGGCUCUCCAGACCCCUUGGACCUCAUUCAGCAGAGCCAGCCCCUGCUCUCCCAGCAUCCUCCACGACUCUUCUAUGACCGAAUCAAAUUUCUCAUUGGCAAAGACAGCACUCAUGUCAUUCCUGGAGAAGUCUCAUUCGACAGCAGACGUGCCUGUGUGAUUCGAGGCCAGGUUGUGGCUGUGGAUGGGACACCUCUAGUUGGGGUGAACGUCAGCUUCUUAGGCCACAGCGAUUACGGAUAUACUAUCAGCCGACAAGAUGGAAGCUUUGAUCUUGUGGCCAUUGGAGGGAUUUCAGUCACGUUGGUCUUUGACCGAUCACCAUUCUUGUCUGAGAAAAGGACCCUCUGGUUGCCUUGGAACCAAUUUAUCGUAGUGGAGAAAGUGACCAUGCAGAGAGCUACUGCCCCUUCUCCAACCUGUGACAUCUCUGGCUUAAUGAGCCCAAACCCAAUUGUGCUCCCUUCUCCCCUCACAUCAUUUGGAGGGUCCUGCCCUGAGAGGGGGACUGUUGUUCCAGAGCUCCAGGUUGUACAGGAGGAGAUCCCCAUCCCGUCCAGCUUUGUGAAGCUGAGUUACCUGAGCAGCCGAACCCCAGGCUACAAAACCCUGCUCCGAAUUCUUCUGACCCACUCAGCUAUCCCCAUGGGGAUGAUCAGGGUGCACCUCACUGUGGCUGUGGAAGGUCGUCUGAUGCAGAAGUGGUUUCCUGCUGCAGCCAAUCUUGUCUAUACAUUUGCCUGGAACAAAACCGACAUCUAUGGGCAGAAGGUUUCAGGCCUGACAGAGGCAAUAGUAUCUGUGGGAUAUGAGUAUGAAAUGUGUCCCGACUUUAUUCUCUGGGAGAAAAGGACCGUCGUUUUACAAGGGUUUGAGAUGGAUGCUUCAAAUCUCGGAGGCUGGUCCUUGAAUAAGCAUCAUGUUUUGAACCCCCAAAGUGGAAUUGUGCAUAAAGGGAAUGGAGAAAACAUGUUCAUUUCCCAGCAGCCUCCAGUCAUCGCAACCAUCAUGGGAAAUGGGCACCAGAGAAGUGUUGCCUGCACCAGUUGCAAUGGCCUAGCCCACAACAAUAAACUUUUUGCUCCAGUUGCCUUAGCAUCUGGCCCUGAUGGCAGUGUUUAUAUUGGGGACUUCAAUUUUGUAAGGAGAAUAUUUCCAUCAGGAAAUUCCAUCAGUAUUUUGGAAUUAAGAAACAGAGAUACCAGACACAGCACAAGUCCUGCUCACAAGUACUAUCUAGCUGUGGACCCAGUAUCUGAAGCCCUUUACCUAUCAGACACAAAUACGAGAAGAGUCUACAGGUUGAGAUCUCUUGGAGAAACCAAAGAUCUGGCGAAAAAUUUUGACAUAGUGGCGGGAACAGGCGAUCAGUGCCUUCCCUUUGACCAGAGUCACUGUGGAGAUGGAGGGAGAGCAUCAGAAGCUUCACUCAACAGCCCCAGAGGUAUCACAGUUGAUAGGAAUGGUUUCAUUUACUUUGUGGAUGGGACCAUGAUUCGGAAAAUUGAUCAGAAUGCUGUGAUCACAACCGUGAUUGGCUCAAAUGGCCUGACAUCCACACAGCCAUUGAGCUGUGACUCGGGAAUGGACAUCACUCAGGUACGAUUGGAGUGGCCAACAGAUCUUGCAGUCAAUCCCAUGGACAACUCAUUGUACAUCUUAGAUAACAACAUUGUCUUGCAAAUUUCCGAGAAUAGACGAGUCCGGAUUGUUGCAGGCCGGCCCAUCCACUGUCAGGUACCAGGGAUAGAUCAUUUCUUAGUCAGCAAGGUGGCCAUCCAUUCAACUCUGGAAUCGGCCAGGGCCAUCAGCGUCUCCCACAGUGGAAUCCUCUACAUCGCUGAAACAGACGAGAGGAAAGUGAACCGCAUCCAACAAGUCACAACCAAUGGUGAAAUCUCUCUAGUUGCUGGAGCCCCCACGGACUGUGACUGCAAAAUUGAUCCCAACUGUGACUGUUUUUCAGGUGAUGGUGGCUACGCCAAAGAUGCAAAACUCAAAGCCCCGUCUUCAUUAGCAGUUUCCCCUCAUGGCACUCUCUACGUGGCUGACCUGGGGAAUAUCCGCAUCCGGGCUAUAAGCAAGAACAAAGCUCAUCUGACUGACAUGAACCUUUAUGAGAUUGCCUCUCCAGCUGACCAAGAACUCUAUCAGUUCACCGUCAAUGGGACUCACCUAUACACACUAAACCUGAUCACCAGGGACUACGUAUACAAUUUCACCUACAAUGGUGACGGAGAUUUAGGAGCAAUUAUUAGCAGCAACGGGAACUCUGUUCACAUUCGACGGGAUGCUGGCGGAAUACCUCUGUGGCUAAUGGUGCCUGGUGGUCAGAUGUACUGGCUAACGAUAAGUAGCAAUGGUGUCCUAAAAAGAGUAUCAGCCCAAGGUUAUAACUUGGCCUUGAUGACCUAUCCAGGAAACACCGGCCUUCUGGCAACCAAAAGUAAUGAAAAUGGAUGGACAACCGUUUAUGAGUAUGACCUUGAGGGCCAUCUGACCAAUGCCACGUUUCCUACUGGGGAGGUCAGCAACUUCCACAGUGACCUGGAGAAACUGACCAAAGUGGAGCUGGACACUUCCAACCGAGAAAAUGUCAUCACAGCCACCAACUUUACAGCUACUAGUACCAUAUAUAUUUUAAAACAUGACAAUACCCAGAGCACCUACCGAGUGAGCCCCGAUGGGUCCCUCCGGGUCACUUUUGCGAGCGGCAUGGAGAUCAGUCUCAACACUGAGCCCCACAUUCUCGCUGGGGCAGUCAACCCCACCCUGGGCAAGUGCAACAUUUCCCUGCCUGGAGAACACAAUUCUAACGUCAUUGAGUGGCGGCAGCGGAAGGAGCAAAGCAAAGGCAACAUGUCGGCAUUUGAAAGGAGGCUAAGGGCCCAUAACAGAAACCUGCUCUCCAUAGAUUUUGAUCACAUAACCCGCACAGGAAAAAUCUACGAUGACCAUCGGAAAUUCACCCUCCGAAUUCUUUACGACCAGACUGGUCGCCCAGUUUUGUGGUCUCCCAUCAGCAGAUAUAAUGAAGUGAACAUCACCUACUCACACUCAGGACUAGUAACUUACAUUCAAAGAGGGACAUGGACUGAGAAAAUGGAAUAUGACCAGGGUGGAAAGAUCAUUUCACGAACCUGGGCUGAUGGGAAAAUAUGGAGCUAUACUUACUUAGAGAAGUCUGUGAUGCUCCUUUUACAUAGCCAGCGACGCUAUAUCUUUGAAUAUGACCAGUCGGACUGCCUCCUUUCAGUGACCAUGCCCAGCAUGGUGCGCCACAGCUUACAAACCAUGCUUUCAGUGGGUUAUUAUCGGAAUAUCUACACUCCUCCAGACAGUAGCACUUCUUUUAUCCAGGACUUUACCAAAGACGGAAGACUCCUGCAGACACUUUACCUUGGGACAGGGCGCCGAGUUCUCUACAAGUAUACUAAACAGUCCAGACUGUCUGAGAUUCUCUAUGAUACCACUCAAGUCACAUUUACAUAUGAAGAGUCUUCGGGAGUGAUUAAGACAAUACAUCUGAUGCAUGAUGGAUUUAUUUGUACGAUCAGAUACAGACAAACAGGUCCUCUUAUUGGCCGUCAGAUUUUCAGAUUCAGUGAAGAAGGCCUCGUGAAUGCACGAUUUGACUAUAGUUAUAACAACUUUCGGGUCACCAGCAUGCAAGCUGUAAUAAAUGAAACUCCUCUGCCGAUAGAUCUGUACCGCUAUGUUGACGUUUCUGGGAGGACAGAGCAGUUUGGAAAAUUCAGUGUAAUCAAUUAUGAUUUAAACCAAGUCAUCACCACUACAGUCAUGAAACACACCAAGAUCUUCAGUGCCAAUGGACAAGUGAUUGAAGUGCAGUAUGAAAUCCUGAAGGCAAUUGCCUAUUGGAUGACCAUUCAAUAUGAUAAUAUGGGCCGCAUGGUAAUAUGUGAUAUAAGAGUAGGAGUGGAAGCCAAUAUAACAAGAUACUUUUAUGAAUAUGAUGCUGACGGUCAGCUUCAAACUGUCUCUGUGAAUGAUAAAACCCAGUGGCGUUACAGUUAUGACCUGAAUGGGAACAUCAACCUCUUAAGCCAUGGGAAUAGUGCUCGCCUGACACCUCUCAGAUAUGACCUCAGAGACCGCAUCACUAGGCUAGGAGAAAUUCAGUAUAAGAUGGAUGAAGAUGGCUUUCUGCGACAGAGAGGAAAUGAUGUAUUUGACUAUAAUUCCAAUGGCCUACUACACAAAGCCUACAAUAAGGCUUCUGGCUGGACUGUGCAAUACUACUACGAUGGGCUUGGGCGACGUGUCGCCAGUAAAUCCAGCCUAGGACAGCACCUCCAGUUCUUUUAUGCAGAUCUUGGCAAUCCCAUUAGAGUUACCCAUCUCUACAAUCACACAAGCUCAGAAAUUACCUCACUGUACUAUGAUCUUCAAGGCCACCUCAUUGCAAUGGAGCUAAGCAGUGGGGAGGAAUACUAUGUAGCAUGUGACAAUACAGGAACCCCACUGGCUGUGUUCAGUAGCCGAGGACAGGUGAUAAAAGAGAUACUGUACACACCCUAUGGUGAUAUCUAUCAAGACACUUAUCCAGACUUUCAAGUAAUCAUUGGUUUUCAUGGUGGACUCUACGAUUCCCUUACAAAAUUAGUCCACCUGGGACAAAGAGAUUAUGACGUUGUUGCCGGACGUUGGACAACACCUAAUCAUCAUAUAUGGAAGCAUCUGAACACUCUUCCUAAACCAUUCAACCUCUACUCAUUUGAAAAUAACUAUCCCGUUGGCAGAAUACAAGAUGUUACUAAAUACACCACAGAUAUUGGAAGUUGGUUGGAGCUGUUUGGUUUCCAGUUACACAAUGUGCUGCCUGGAUUUCCAAAACCAGAAAUAGAAAGUGUGGAGUUAACCUACGAGCUUCUGCAGCUGCAAAUAAAAACUCAAGAGUGGGAUCCUGGAAAGACCAUCCUGGGCAUUCAAUGCGAGUUGAAAAAACAGCUUCGAAAUUUCAUUUCCUUGGAUCAACUUCCUAUGGCUCCCAGAUACAGUGAUAGAAGGUGUCUGGAAGGAGGAAAACAUCCCAGGUUUGCCGCUAUCCCAUCUGUAUUUGGAAAAGGUAUAAAGUUUGCCAUCAAAGAUGGCAUAGUGACUGCUGACAUUAUAGGAGUGGCCAAUGAAGACAGCCGCCGACUUGCCGCCAUCCUCAAUGGUGCUCAUUACCUGGAAAACCUGCACUUCACCAUUGACGGACGGGAUACUCACUACUUCAUUAAACUUGGAUCUCUGGAGGAAGACUUGGCUCUCAUAGGUAACACAGGAGGGAGGCGGAUUUUAGAGAACGGUGUCAAUGUUACCGUGUCCCAGAUGACUUCUGUGAUGAAUGGAAGGACAAGACGCUUUGCAGAUAUACAGCUCCAACAUGGUACUCUGUGCUUUAACAUUAGGUAUGGAACAACUGUAGAAGAGGAGAAGAACCACGUGUUAGAAAUUGCCAGACAGCGAGCUGUUGCUCAGGCCUGGACUAAGGAACAGAGGAGGUUGCAAGAAGGGGAGGAGGGGAUUAGGGCAUGGACAGAGGGAGAGAAGCAACAGCUUUUGAGCACCGGGAGGGUACAAGGCUAUGAUGGUUAUUUUGUCUUGUCUGUUGAGCAGUAUCUAGAACUUUCUGACAGUGCCAACAAUAUUCACUUUAUGAGACAGAGCGAAAUAGGCAGGAGGUAACAAAAGAAAUCUCUGCCUUUGCGUCACCAAAGACUGCCUGUUUUUAAAACAUAAAAUGGUUUAUUGUAUUGGUUUUCUAGAUCAGAACUCUGUAUGUGUAAAUAUGGAGG